AUGAUAACAAGGACUUUAUUCGUUUUUCUACUCAUCGACAGCUGGCGGCCUGUCUAUACCGCAGAUCUACUAGCAGCUCUUACCGGUAGCAGUUCAUUAAAUGGACAAUUCAAUAUUGCUGCUGAUAGUUUGAAGCCGUCAACCCAAUUACAUAUUGCACUCCCUUCAAGCCAUUCUUCAUAUACUUCAUUCAUCGUUAAAGUAGCUGAUAUCACAUUAGAUAUAGAAGAUAAAAUUCGAGAUGAAAAUCGAACGUUAUCAUCAACAACAUCAAAUGGAAAUGAUAUGGUUAUACAGAAUUUACAUCCAGGCCAUAAAUAUAGCAUAUCUGUAAUAGGUGUUAAAGAUGAUCGCCAAGAUUUGAUUAAGGAAGAACAUAUUGUUAUGACUCCACGACCUCCUGAUUUUCCCACGGAUGGGGUUACAGCUGGAAAGACGAACAUAACACUUAUAACGGAUAAAGAUGCACAUUCGCUGCAGGAUGCCUUUCUCAUUGAAUAUCGACAGGUGGACUCUGAGAAGAAAUACUCAAUGCUUGAAGUUUUGGAUAUCCCAGAACAAAAACAGCUGGAAGUUUAUUUAGGUCAUUUGAGUCCUGGUCGUGAUUACGCUGUUCGCAUGAUAGCUGUAAAGGAUGGCAUCAAGAGUCAGCCCUGGAGCGCCACUUUAACAACAAGACCAUCGUCUGUAAGCAGUUUGAAGAUUCAAGAAAACGGAACUUGUGUUACGCUCUCUUGGCUUCCAGGAGAAGGAGGUGUUGAUUCCUACAUCGUCAAGUACUUCCAGGUCCAGGCAGAGAAUACAUCGAUAACGGCUCAAGUUCCUGCACCAGCCAGUCUUACGACCAUUUGCCAGGGUAUCAUUCCUGGAGUGAAGUACAGUUUUUCCGUCAGACCUCGAAAAACUUUGAUGAAUGCGGAAGAGACAGUUAUUGAACAUAUUUUGAGACCAUUAGCUCCAGUUGAAUUCAAGUGCCGGCCCGACAUUACGAAAGGCCGCUACAGAUUAACAGCUGAACUACCAUCUGAUUCACACUAUGAGAAAUGUCACGUAACCGCAACAAGUGAAACACUUGAUAGGUUAGAAGUGGAAUCAGAGGUUGAGGAAAAACACAAUAAGUCUUUUUGUGUCUUGUUUCUACUCCUUUCACCAGGACAACGGUACGAGUUUUCAUUAGCAACAUCUUCUCUUGGAGUGUACAGUAAUAAACUCCACAGAAGUUUAGUUCUCACUCCUGCGUUCGAUUUGAAAGGAUUUGGUCUCAGUAUUCAAGAGUCUGAGAAUGGUUUAGAAAUGGCUUGGCCUCAAAGUGACGUUUUCAUGACUAGAUUACGUGAUAUCUGGGGAAAGGUUGUUGGUCAUGAUUCAUCUCUCCAAAUGCGAGUAACUUCUAUUAAAAAACAAAACUCCACAACUAGAGAAAGUAACAGACAGUUUGAGACAAAUCCCUUGAAACCAUCCGUUAUCAACGUUUCGAAUUUGACAAAGGGAUCUUGUUACCGGAUACAAAUGUAUACUGUCACCAAGUCUGGAAUAGUAUCAGAAACUAGAUAUAAUGAAACAAUGCGUAUAAGCUCACCCGCAGUCAAUGCUACUCUUCAUGAUGUUACACGUACAUCGGCUGUUCUGAACUUGACACUGUCCUCAAAGUCUGAUAUUUAUCCUGACUGUAACUUGGCCAUUGUCGUUUAUGACAUGUUUUCUCAAAUAGUUUUCCAAAAACAGUUGCCCAUUCAAGCGUUUUUACCUGUGAUUGAAUUGAACGGGCUACGACCUUUCCAUAAGUAUACUAUAAACAAUCAAAUUAUCUGCGGGGAAGCUGCUAGAACUUCUGAAUGCGCAGCGGGAACACGAAGCAUGAGGCAAAUUAUGUUUUCAACAAAGCCAGAUAAGCCGGGCCCUGUUCAAUCGCUAGCGGGAAGAGCCCUCAAUCCGUACUCAGUACAAUUGUCAUGGUUACCACCAGCAUUGCCUAAUGGUAUUCUAACACACUAUAUAGCUGAAAUAGUUCCUUUGCAAUCGACGGAGAAAAAAUGGUCGGUUACUAUUGGCCUGAGUUCAGACAGAUCGGAUCAUCAUAUUGAGACUGUGGUAGAUGGUCUUCAAGGAGGCGAAAGAUAUAACUUCUCCGUUCGAGCUGCUACAGAAGCUGGAUCAGGAGAAGAGCCUUUGUCUGGCCAUAUAACUCUGAAAAUGCCGAUACAAGCUCCUCCGAAACCUGGGGUAGGGCCAGCAAUUGUGUUUGAAUCGAUAGGAUCUCAUGCCUUGUCAGUCAAGUAUAACUCCAACAUGCUUGACGGUAAACACGGACGUAUUAUUAGAAGCGAUUUGAUCGUUAGCGAAGUUACUGAGGAUGGACGAACAACUGAUACCAUACUCAAAGAGGAAAAUCAAACAUAUACGUGGCUACAAGUGCAACGAUUUGAUGUUUGGCCUGCUUAUGUUGCAUCCAUCACCGAUAUUCCUAAUUCAGUUAGAACGACUGCUCAAAUCAAUAAAGCACUGACCGAGGCUAUUGGUAUAGAUGCAGCUUGUGAAGAUUUACCUGAUGAUACCGUAUGUAACGGCCCAUUGAAAGCGGGAACACCAUACAAAUUCAAGCUGCGUUUGUAUUCAGCACCCAAUUUAUUCACGGAUACGCCAUAUUCUGACGUCGUGACAACUGCAGCAUCUCCUCGUGGUAUAUCUUUACGUGCCAUCGUCGUACUUCUCUCUCUCUUCAUACUUCUUGGUUUGCUUGGAAUCAUAUUAAUCUCCUACUGGACACGUUCCAAAAAGCAAAGGAGUGCUACGUAUUCCUCCAGUUCAUCUGCUAAUUCGGCUAAAGAAUCACAGUGGGCAGCUCUCAAAAUGAUCAUGGCGGAAAGAGCAGCCGACUGCUUGGCUAAGCUAGGUUUAGACGGCUCACAAAAUGUUCCACCUCAUGGUGAUCAAACCGUACCAAAUAAUGGUCAUCUUCAACCUACCUUCGGACAUCACCGUCGAUGCCGAAGUUUACGGGAACGUACCGGAGUUGAUCAUCGCUUGGAGAGACUUCCAAGUGGUCCAAUUCACAAAGCUCCUCUCUACACCGUUAUGACAUCAGCUAAUUUAUAUAAGAGCAGGCCAGUCCGAAAGUGUGACUUUGAAGCUCAUGUCCGUAACAUGAGUGCUGACUCAGAGUUCAGAUUUUCCGAAGAGUAUGAGAGUUUGAAAAACGUUGGCGUUGGCCAAUCAUAUCAUGCUUCUGAUUUGCCUGUCAAUAGAGCCAAGAACCGCUUCACAAACAUCCUUCCCUUCGACCAUUCUCGUGUAAAGCUCAUAAACGUCGAUGAUGAAGAUGGCUCGGAUUAUAUAAAUGCUAAUUACAUGCCGGGCUUUUCUUCUCGACGAGAGUUCAUUGCCGCUCAGGGACCUCUGCCGAGCACUCGUGACGCUUUCUGGCAGAUGGCAUGGGAACAACAGUGCCCCUCAAUAAUCGCUUUGACGAAAUGCGUCGAGAAGGGACGUGAUAAAUGUCAUCAGUACUGGCCAGAUGCUGAACAUAUGAGCGUAAUUUAUGCCGACAUUGAGGUAACACUUAUGUGCGAAACUCAUUAUGAAGAAUUUACUGUUCGUGAUCUUCGUUUGACGAAGUUGAACGAUCCAUCAUCGCCCCCUCGCAUUAUCAGACAUUUGCAUUACAUGGCUUGGCCAGACUUCGGAGUUCCAGAACAUCCCGAAGGAAUCAUCCGCUUCGUUAGAUUAUUCCGAUCAAAACUACCUCAUUCAGCUCAUAACAAGCCUACUAUUGUCCAUUGCAGCGCCGGCGUUGGUCGUUCGGGUACUUUCAUCACCAUAGAUCGUCUUCUGCAAACGAUACAAUUGGAUAGGCCAAUAGAUGUAUAUGGAAUUGUAUAUGAAAUGCGUUUAGAACGUUGUCAUAUGGUCCAGAAUGAGCAACAGUACAUCUUUAUCCAUCAUUGUAUACUUCAUGCCUUGCAAACUUCCAACCAACCCAGUGUUAUGACGUCGCCUUCUUCAGUCGAAAUUCAUCAGAAUCCAGCAUUCGAAGAUGACGAAGGGAUUGAAGAAUCCGGCUUUUAA